UUAUGUUUUUUGUUUACAUUUCAUUUUUAUUUGACUGUUUUGCUCAUAUCUGUACUUUAAUUGAACAGAAUUGCUACACUUACAGGAGGCGUCUUCAGGUCCUGGUCCACGGCCCACUUCUGAUGCCGGUGCUGAGCUUCAUGUGGGCUCUGUGUGUGAACAUGAUGACAGUCAACAUGUUUCUGAGUCUCUUCUUUCUCUCAGGUGCUGCGGAUGCUUGUGAUUAUCCAUCAAAACUGGAUGUUAAAACACCACAGGAGAUGGAGGCUCUGAGUGGAUCCUGUUUAAAAAUCCCAUGUAGCUUUGAGAAUGCAAAAGAAUUUAACAGAACAAGAGAAACUUCUGCAAUGUGGAUCAGAGAUCAUCCUUUUCAGUUUAACAACCCUGACUCAGUGGUUUAUGACAGUGGAAAGACCGACAAUAAAUAUCCAAUGAAUGUUACAGGAAACCUGCAUGAGAAAAACUGCACCACUGAGUUUUUUAAUCUAACCACAAAUAACACACACUCAUACUACUUCAGGAUCAUCAACUUGCUUUUUAAAGCAACAGCUGCUUGUGAUCCUCUUCAGAUCACAGUUAAAGAUUCUCCUCCGAGGCCCACAUUACAAGUCUCAGGUGAUCAGAAUGAGCUGAAGGAGAAGGAGUCUGUCACUAUAACCUGCUCAGCUCCCACUCCCUGUCCACACCUCCCUCCUCGACUCACCUGGAGCCUCCAACAAGACGCUCACAGGCAAACAGAGGAAAACACUGAUGGAACUUUAACCACUAAGAUCCAGCAGACCAUCACUCUGUCAGACCAACAUGAUGGAUUCAAGCUCAGCUGCUCUGCUGUGUAUCCUGUUGAUGGAGGACAACAUGUGAAAACAGCUGUGGCAGAGUUCACUCUCAGAGUUUCUUAUGCUCCUAAAGACACGUCAGCCUCCAUCAGUCCAUCAGGUUUGGUGUCUGCAGGGAGCUGGGUGAACCUGAGCUGCUCCAGCAGAGCCAGACCUGCUGUCAACUACACCUGGUUCAAGAUCAGUGAUCAUGGAGCAGUCAGAGUGUCUGAAGGAGACUUUUACAGCUUUAAUGUGACGGAAGGAGGAGAAUAUUACUGUGUGGCUGCAAAUCAUCUGGGAAAUCAGACUUCAGAAGAGAUUCUUCUGACUGUUGAAGAUCCUUCUCUGCAUCUGAACACCAUGACUGGAGUAGUUGUUGGGAUCAUCGUGUUCAUCUGCCUGCUGCUCGGUGUUUACAUCUUCAUGUGUUGGAGGAGAAGAAAGAACAGAAAUUUAACUGUACAAGUGGGUCAGAGUCAGACAGGUGAAGAGCUGGCUGCUGAAGAGCCUGCAGAAAAACCUCAGGAAGAGGGAGAAAACGUCCACUAUGGAAAGAUCCACUUCUCCAAGUAGAAACCUGAACCGUCCUCCAAGUCUGAGAUCAGAAGCAAGCAGGAGGACACUGUGUACGCAGAGGUCAGAGGCUCUCAGCCGGGAAACAGCUCCACACACACUGCUGACCACCCCAGGGAUCUCAACUGUCUUUACGCUGAAGUGAAGAAGAAAUGAGAAUAUUCUGUUGGAUUUACUGAGGUGUGAAGUCAUGAAGUACAGAUACUUUACUUCUGUACUUGAGGAGAUUGCAGUACUUCAUUUGAGUGAUCAUUUUUGAGUCUUUCCUGCUCUCAAACACAAAUAUCUGUACUUUCUACUCCUCACAUUGUCAGAAUUUGCUUGUGACUUUUUUUAAACUGUUGCCAAAUAAACCUGGAAUAAUUUGAAUUAACAACAUUUAAAGUGAACUAUGGAGAAAAGGCAUCAACAGGGUUUAUCAGUCUGAGAGACAAAAUAAAAUCCAAUUCAUGUCAGUUUUGACCAAGAAAAACUCUGGCAGCUGCAUAGAAGAACUUCCUGUGUUCAGAAGGACACACUUUCCUUUAAACUGGGUGUGAAGGCGUUAAGGUGACCUGCACAACGUACUUAGAUCCACCACCUACUGUAUCUCCACUCUAACCCUGAAAUUUAUGCUUUUUCACUUUUUUCCACAAGUCAGAACCAAUAGUUCUCACAGACUUAAAUAAGUGUCUUUAUGUUUCCUAUUUUUUAAAUCCUGGAUCUGUACCUCUGCUGAAGUAGUGGCUGUCAGCGCUCUUCCUCCUUUGCAGUGAUAAAAUAUGCUCAUCAGAAUGACACAGUAUCUCUCAUGUCAUUUAAAUAAAGAGGAACUUGAUACUUUCCAUAUGUCCUUCAUUAAUUCAGUGUCAUUUGUGUUGAUUUGUUGAUGCAAUUUACAGUUUCUUAUUUGCAUGUGAGAAAGAACUACAUCUUCCUAUUUAAGUUUUUGAGACAUGGAAAACCUGUUACCAGGUCCAGUGUUUGAGGUUUUGAUAUUGGUAAAUGGACUACAGUUAUAUGCGCUUUUUACACUGCUAGUGCAGAGCCCGAGGCGCUUCAGACUGCAAUUUAUUUCACCCAUUCACACACCAGUGGAGUCGUUGCCAUGCGAGGUGCUCAGUCCAUCCACUGGGAGCAGUUAGAGGUUCAGUGCCUUGCCCAAGGACACUUUCGCAAAUGGACAGCGGAGCUGGAGAAUCAAACCAACAACAUCCCGAUUGUGAUGUUGCCACAGCUGCCCCAAGCUUACUGAGCUUCUUCACUGUCCCUCCUCAAGUUUUGUGUUUUUCUUUAAAGUUAAAUAUUCUGUAAACUUGACAAUAUCUACUGUUGUUUUGUUAUUUUGUAAAAAUCUGCACAUUUAUUCCCAAUAAA